AUGUCGUUGUUGAAUGAGGUCCAAAACUAUCUCAGUGUUGUGGCAUCAAAACACAGCACUCUUCAGGAUCACGUAGCAGAGGUGGAGGAAGGGAAUCACCUCCUGAAACAGAAAUAUGACGCCCUGCUGGAGAAGCACCGCCACAUGGAGGAAACAUAUCGGAAAGAGAAAAGUCGCAGUUCUGAUAUCGUGGAACGCAUGAUUCGACCGAAACAGCAGGCUGCUGUCCGCAUGAACCAUCGUUAUGAGAGGAGAGUGAGAGCCAGAGAAGCCAACCUCCACAAAGAGCUUCAGAUGGCUGCCAGUAAGAAAGUGAAUAUUGAUGAAGAGUCUGGAGAUAUGUCACCUCCCAAACCAUCAUCACCAAAUUGUGAGACUUCAGAAAGGGUGGAAAGAUGCCAUGCACCACUUUUCAGGAGAAAGAUCAGAGGUAAAUCUAUGUGCAGUUUUGAGGAAGAUCACUACAUACCAUUAGGCAUCUGUCUGACUGCCCGAGUCCCAACUAAGGCGAUCUUUUCACUGGAUGCUCAUGAGUUGGGAAUCAAUGCUGUGAGAUUCAGUACCAGAUCAAACCUGCUGGCUACAGGAGGAACUGACAGAGUUAUUAAACUCUGGGAUAUUGAAGCAGGAACUCUACAGAAUAGAGGAACACUAGAUGGAAGUAAUGAAGGGAUCACCAGCAUUGAGUUCGACCCUACGGGCACUCGGAUUUUAGCUGCGUCGUAUGACAAGUCAGCUCUAUUUUGGAGACUGGACGACAGCGUUCCCAAGGUUACAUUAACAGGGCAUUCUCGUAAAGUGACAGCAGCCAGGUUUAAAUACAGUCAGAGACAGGUGGUGACGGGCAGUGCGGACCGAACCGUAAGGAUAUGGGAUCUCCAGCGAGCAGCAUGCAUACAGACCAUUGAAGUGUUAUCUUACUGUAGUGAUGUUGUGUGCUCGGAGUACUUUAUCAUCAGUGGCCAUUAUGACAGAAAAAUACGCUUUUGGGACAGCAGGGCAGCGACGUGCACACAGGAAGUUCCUCUUCAGGGCAGGGUGACAUCAUUGGACCUCUGCCCCGAUCACAGACAGUUACUCAGCUGCUCCAGAGAUAACAUCCUACAGCUGGUUGACCUGAGAAAGAGCAAUGACAGAGUGGUUUUCAGGGCGGAUGGCUUCAAAUGUGGAAGCGACAGCACCAAGGCCAUCUUCAGUCCGGAUGGAAGUUAUCUAGCAGCUGGCUCUGCAGACGGCGCUGUCUACAUAUGGAAUGUGAACUCAGGAAUGCUGGAAAAACGGCUUCCCGACAUGCACAGGACAUCUAGACCAGAGCAUCACAGGCUUUUGCUUGUUUUAUUUGGGAAACGGAGGAUUUGCCUCCUGGCAACCAGCAGUGGAGAUGCUCUUGUAAUUGGAUUCAGCUGGAACGGCUUCAGACCACAAGGAGAUCUGCUUAGGUGUCUCGGAGAAGAGUUUCUGUGA